CCAGUGACCUCCAGCACCACCCCAGACACCUCCAGCAUCUCCCCAGUGGCCUCCAGGACCUCUCCAGUGAACUCCAGCACUUCCCCAGACACUUCCAGCAUCUCCCCAGUGAGCUCCAGCAUCUCCCCAGACACUUCCAGCACCUCCCCAGACACCUCCAGCACCUCCCCAGACACCUCCAGCAUCUCCCCAGUGACCUCCAGCAUCUCCCCAGACACUUCCAGCACCUCCCCAGACACCUCCAGCACCUCCACAGACACCUCCAGCACCACCCCAGAGACCUCCAGCACCAUCCCAGUGACCUCCAACACCUCCUCAGCGACCUCUAGCACCAUCCCAGUGACCUCCAGCACCUCCCCAGAGACCUCCAGUACUGUCCCAGUGGUCUCCAGCACCUCCCCAGUGACCUCCGACACCUCCCCAGUGAUCUCCAGCACCAUCUCAGUGACCUCCGGUACCUCCCCAGUGAUCUCUAGCACCAUCCCAGUGAUCUCCAGCACCGUCCCAGUGACCUCCAGCACUGUCCCAGUGACUUCCAGCACCUCCCCAGUGAGCUCCAGCACCUCCCCAGCGACCUCCAGCACCAUCUCAGUGACCUCCGGCACCUCCCCAGACACCUCCAGCACCAUCCCAGUGACCUCCAGCACCUCCCCAGUGAGCUCCAGCACCAUCUCAGUGACCUCCGGCACCUCCCCAGACACCUCCAGCACCAUCUCAGUGACCUCCGGGAGCUCCAGCACCAUCCCAGUGACCACCAGCACCAUCCCAGUGACCACCAGCACCGUCCCAGUGACCUCCAGCACCUCCCCAGUGAUCUCCAGCACCGUCCCAGUGACUUCCAGCACCUCCCCAGUGAGCUCCAGCACCUCCCCAGUGACCUCCAGCACCUCCCCAGUGACUUCCAGCACCUCCCCAGUGAGCUCCAGCACCUCCCCAGUGACCUCCAGCAUCUCCCCAGACACCCCCAGCACCUCCCCAGCGACCUCCAGCACCGUCCCAGUGACUUCCAGCACCUCCCCAGUGAGCUCCAGCACCUCCCCACACCAUCCCAGUGACUUCCAGCACCGUCCCAGUGACUUCCAGCACCUCCCCACGACUUCCAGCACUGUCCCAGUGACUUCCAGCACCUCCCCAGUGAGCUCCAGCACCUCCCCAGUGAUCUCCAGCACCGUCCCACACCAUGACCACUACCACGACGACCACAACGACCACCACCACCCCAAUGACCACAACCACCACCACUACCACCACCCCAACGACCACGACCACCACCACUACCACCACCCCAACGACCACGACCACCACCACUACCACCACCCCAACAACCACCCCCACUACCCCCACCACCCCAACAACCACCACCACCCGAACGACCACCACUUGGUCUGCCAGAAUGGAGGCAAGUACGACGGUGUCAAGUGCAUCUGCGUCUCUGACUUCUAUGGCCCUUUGUGCGAGUUCUUCAGCGACUCCAUCACCACCGAGAUCCCUAUUGAGGGGACGAUCGUGGCCAACGUGGAGCUGGUGGUGACCGUCACCAACUUCAUCUACACGGAGGAGCUGCAGGACCCCCGCUCGGAGGCCUAUGAGAACUUUGAGAAGCAAUUCCGGCAGGAGAUGGCCAAGAUCUACAGCUCUGUGCCUGGCUACGAGGGCGUGAAGAUCCUCCGCAUUGUGCCGGCGGCCUCCAGCAGGCAGGGAGCCCGGGUACGCAGGGCCGGGGGAGCCUCCGCGUCCUCCCCUGUGGGCACCGGCCUCAACGUGGACCACGAGGUCAUCUUCAGAACCACCGCCAGCCCCAACCUGACCGAGGAGUUCCAGAACAAGACGCAGGAGCUGGUGCAGAAGCUUCAGGAGACUGCCGAAAGCCAGGGCGACUGCGAGAAUGACUCCUGUGGGUGUCCCGCUCCAGAAAAGGGUCCCUGA